AUGUUCAUAGAUCCUACUACUCAUCAGGACGCUUGUGCCCUCCUCUUUGCGGCUUAUCACCCAUCCCUGAACCUCAUUGGGGUCAGCACGGUCCACGGCAAUGCGCCGCUAUCAAAAUGUACACUCAACGCCCUGAGUGUACUGGAAGCGAUCGGAAAACCUGAAAUCUCCGUCUUCCCGGGCUCGUCGCGUCCGUUCUGUCGUACCGUCCAUACUGCUCCGGAUAUCCACGGGGCGAGCGGCUUAGGAGGGACAGACCUCCUUCCACAACCAACCCGUUCCGCCUUGACGCAUGUCAGUGCCAUUCUGGAGAUGCGAAGUGCGCUUCUCGCUCAACCGAAAGGCACGCCGUAUCUCGUUGCAUCCGGUCCAUUGACAAAUGUUGCUCUGCUCUUUGCCAUCUUCCCAGAGGUCGCAGAACACAUUGCAGGCCUCUCCAUAAUGGGGGGCGCCAUCGGUUCAGACUUUACCCAUGUCUCGAUGGGCCAACCUUACCAAGAUAGCACCGGCACCACUCAUGCUAGAAGCGGAAAUCGCACGCCCUUUGCCGAGUUCAACAUUUGGGCCGAUCCGGAGUCUGCACGUUCCGUCUUUCAAAACCCGCUCUUGAAAUCCAAGACGACUCUCAUUCCCCUGGAUCUGACUCACCAAGCCUACGCAACACCCGAAGUCCAGCGCAUGCUAUUAAAUGGAAUAAACGGGUCGACGAGACUGAGGAGGAUGUUUCAUGAACUGCUCAUGUUCUUUGCGCAUACGUAUGCUGAAGUGUUUGGGCUCACUGAGGGACCGCCGAUGCAUGAUCCGCUUGCAGUCGCUGUCUUGCUGGAAAACCAUCCAGAGCCCCAAGCCAGAAUCGCCUUCGAUGAUUAUGGUGGCGAGAGAUGGGAUGUUGAUGUCAUUUUGGAAGGGGAGCAGAUUGGGAGAACAGUGAUAGCAAAGUCGUUGGAUGGCGAGGGUGUGAGGAUUCCUAGGACACUCGAUACAUCCAAGUUUUGGCGGACGUUGGAGGAAUGCAUGGCCAGGGCUGAUGAGGUUACAGGCUACGUGAAAUGA